CUUCGAGGCAGGAAGAGCAUCCGAUCGCCUCCAGGCCAUGAACAACCCUCCGUACCAGCCGUACGGCGGACCGCCGCACCAGAAUAUGCAGCAUCAUCCGCCGCAGCAAAAUAUGCAGCAACAACAACCGCCGCAAUCGCAACCUCCGCGUGCUGGUGCCUUUCGGCCCUUCAACCCUGCUCAGGUGAAUGCUCCGCUUUCGGGCAGUGGCGGCCCUGCCUUCGCACAUAGCGCCAGUAGCGGCCCGCCCUCCACGGGAAGCCUCAAUGCACCACCUCACCAGCAGCAUAUGGGCAAUGCCCCGCGCGGCUUCGUGCCGCAGAACCGCAGCUUCUCGUCGGGUCCUGCCAGCCAGCCUACAGGCCCACCUCCGCAGCAAUUCGGCAGCCAGCCAGCUCCUAUGAGCGGCCCGGGUUAUGGCCCACCUCGAGCAGGUCUGCCCAACGUCCAACAACAGCAAAUGAUGCGUGGCCCGCCGCCGGCAGGUGCAGCGCCUCCUAUGGGUCAGGCUAUGCGUGGCCCGCCACCUCCGGGAGCUGGAGCUAUGAAUCAGGGACCCCCGAAUGCUCAAAAUGGAUUCACGCAGCAAUUCGCCAACAUGGGACUUAGCAACGGACCGCCCGGUCCGGCCGCGGCCGGGCCGCCUAGAGGCCCCCCAAUGGGAGGAGCUCCACCCCCACCUAUGGCCGGCAGUAUGGCACCUCCUGGUGCCCCGGCCGCUAUGAAUCAGCAGCAACAGCCCAAGGCCUACAACAACAAUCUCCCGAGCGGCAACUUCCAGCAGCCAGACACGAUGAACGAUGGAUAUGGUGGCCAACCGGGUUUCCAGAACCAGCAGGCGCAGCAGCCUUCACCGUUGACUGAGGAGAUGAUGGCGUCCCAGUGUGACCCAAGAUACAUGCGCCUGACGGUGAAUGCACUACCGCACUCGCUCGACCACGCCAACAAGUCGAAGCUUACGUACGGACUGAUUAUUCGCCCGUUGGCGCCGCCUGACGAGGGAGACGAACUGGAUGUAGUGAAUUUUGGUCCUACUGGAGUCGUGCGUUGCCGUCACUGCCGGACAUACAUGAACCCAUUCGUGCAGUGGGUGGAUAAUGGCCGUCGCUGGCGAUGCAAUCUCUGUGGUGUAUCCAACGACGUCGCAAGUUCGUAUUUUUGCCAUUUGGGAGCCAAUCAGCUGCGUCAGGACCGUGAUGAACGCCCCGAACUUAACUCUGGCAGCGUGGAGAUUAUUGCGCCUUCCGAGUACAUGAUGCGUCCUCCUCAGCCGCCCUGCUACGUGUUUGUCAUUGAUGUCUCGGCCACUGCUGUGGCGUCGGGUUCCGUUCAGAUCGCGGUGGAUACUAUCAGGGAACAGCUCGAUAAUCUGCUUGGCGCUCCACGCACACGUGUGGGGUUCCUCACGUACGACAGCUCGAUCCACUUCUACAACCUGAAGUCGACGCUCAAGGCCCCGCAGAUGAUGGUGGUAGCGGAUCUGGACGAACUCUUUAUCCCUAUCCCGGAUGAGCUGCUUGUGAACUUGAGCGACUCGCGUGAGAUCGUCGAAAUGCUGUUGGAAACGCUGCCCAGUAUUCACCAGAACGCUCGCUCCGCUGAAACUGCGCUUGGACCUGCGAUCCGCGUCGCUUUUAAGCUCAUGUCGUCUAUCGGUGGUAAAAUGCUCGUUUUCCAGAAUUCGCUGCCAUCAACUGGAAACGGAGCACUGCGAAACCGCGACAACCCGCGACUUUACGGAACGGACAAGGAACACACUUUACUGCAAGCUGUCGACACCUUCUACCGUACCAACGCCAUUGAUUUCUGUCGCCAACAAGUCAGCGUCGACAUGUUUCUGUUUUCUUCCAUGUACACUGAUAUCGCCUCCUUGGGCUCACUGUCGAAAUACUCGGCAGGUCAAGUAUACUAUUACCCAGCGUUCAAUGCGGAGCGAGAUGGCGAGAAGUUCAGCAACGAGUUGGCGCACUGUCUUGCUCGCGAGACUGCGUGGGAGGCUGUGAUGCGUGUGCGCUGCACCAAGGGCAUGCGUCUUGCGAACUUCUACGGCAACUUCUUCUUGCGUGGACCUGAUCUACUGGCACUGCCGACGUGCAACGCAGAUUCGACCUUCGCGGUGGAGAUUACGCACAGCGACGCGUUGCUGACGUCCUCGACGAUAUCCGUGCAGGCUGGUCUGCUGUACACGAACUCGAUCGGCGAGCGACGUAUCCGCGUGCACACAAUUUGCAUCCCUGUUACCAAGCUGUUCGCGGAGCUCUUCCGCCAGGUGGACCAGGACGCUCUAUGCAACAUCAUGGCCAAAAACGCACUGGAAAUUGCUCUUAAGACGGGACUGGACAGUGGGCGUUCGCGUCUGCAGACACAGUGUGCAGACAUUGUACGCGCCUACCGCAACUCUGGUGCAUACGGAGCAAAGCAAGCGUCUGGAUAUCAGUUGCACCUUCCUGAGUCUCUGCAGCUUCUGCCUCUGUACAUCAUGUCGCUAUUGAAAAACUCGACUUUACGUGGCGGCACCGACAUAAACGUGGACGAACGGACAUUCCUGCAGUAUGAGCUGAACAACAUGCCUGUCGAGCUAUCACGGGUGUUUAUUUACCCUCGGAUGUUCGCUCUACACAACAUGCCGCCCGAGGCAGGUUUACCUGCAGAAGAUCAAGCCGAGGGUGCUGACGAUAACAGCGCCACCUCCAUCGUGUUGCCGCCUGUGAUCAAUCUGUCGAUCGAGCGACUGCAGUGCGACGGAGUGUUCCUGCUGGACGACACGUUGAGUCUGUACCUGUGGGUGGGUCGUUCGGCUCCUCCUGAGCUUCUUGAGAGUCUUCUUGGCGUUCCGUCCAUGGAGGGCGUGGACUGUAGCCAGAUAAAACUUUUGGCGCCGCACGACGACACAAGCAACCGCGUAGACGCCAUCUUGGCAGCGAUCCGUGCAGAAAGAUUGCCACAUCAGAACGUGGUGAUCAUGCGGGAGGGCGACCCGGCCGAGGGACGUUUCUUCUGGAAACUUGUAGAAGACCGGGCCAGUUUCUCCGGUGGAUCGUACUCGUACUCGGAGUACUUGGGUCAGAUCAGUCGCAUGAGCCUCUCGGGCGGCAGUGGUGGAAGAUAG